CGCCCCUUUCUCCUCGUCCCAAACUCUAUCCUCACUCCCGACCCAUCACACCCCCACACUGACAAAAACCCCAAAGAUCUCUGAGGUUUCAGCUACCUGCAAGCAAAAAACCAAGCCACUGCGAUGGAGGUCGUGGCAAUGGCGAGCAGCUCCCUCGCCCUCCGGCCGCGCGCGUCGUCGUCGCCGCGCCCACUCCGUCCUUCGCGCCGUGCAGCAUUGCCCACCCAACGACCACCGGCCACUGAGCUCUCCGUGGAGCACAAGAGGCCGGUCAGCGAGACGACGACAACGACGCGGCUCUACUCGCUGGCGCCGUAUCCACUUCUGCUGGCGGCGCUGCUUCCCGGCGCCGAGUCGGUGACGGCGGCGUUCCAGCCGUUCGUGGACAUUGUCAAGACCUUCGACCUCCCCGACUGGCUCGUGCACUGGGGCCACCCAGGCAACAUGGCUGUGGUGCUCUUUGCAAUGGGUGGGUACGGAACCUACCUGGGAUUCAGGAUCAAACUCUCGGAUGACCCGGAGGAGAAGGCCAAGGCCAAGGACCUCCACCCGAAGCUCCUCGGCGGCAUGUUCUUCUUCUUCGCCGCCGGUGCCACAGGCGGAGUCACCGCGCUUCUCACGUCAGGCAAACCCAUCUUCGAAAGUCCUCACGCAGUAACUGGAAUCAUCGGCCUCGCCCUCCUCACAGUCCAGUCUCUCCUGCCAACGCUCUUCGAGGGAAACCCUGGGCUGAGAGGUGCGCAUGGACUACUCGGCAGCAGCAUCAUGACGCUGUUUCUUUUCCACGCGGCGUUCGGAUUGCAGCUUGGGCUCAGCUUUUAGGUUGCGGCUGGAGGAAUUAGGGGUUUGUUUCUAUGUGAUGACUUCUCAGAUAGGACACCCUGUCUUAGUAGUAUCGUUAGAUGCAUCCCUGUUAUACAUCAUCACAACAAUAAAAUGGGAAGUAAAAUCAUCUGGUACCAUUA